GGUGGGCACUGCCAGGGCAGAGCAGGGGGCACCUUAGAGGAGAGGAGGAGGGGGAGGAGGAGGAGGAAGAGGAAGACAACAAAGUGGAUCAGAUCAACCGCAUGCGGACUGGAAAUGCCCGUCAGGUCUGAGUCUGUCGCAACCCGAACCAAUCGCAGCCUUCGUUAAGGAGCAGCGUCGGGCGCUGGAUCGGAGCAAGCAUGGCGAGCAUGCCGUUUGUCAGCGAGGGGAAAUGUGUGAGUGUGGAGUGGGAUUUCCUGCAAGGACUUCUCGCCAAGCCUCCUACACUGCCCUGUCUCCAGAACCUGCGUAAAGAGAAAUCUCGCAAUGCAGCUCGUUCUCGGCGGGGGAAGGAGAACUUUGAGUUCUUUGAGCUGGCCAAGAUGCUGCCUUUGCCAGGGGCCAUCACGAGUCAGCUCGAUAAAGCUUCAGUCAUCCGGCUGACUAUCAGCUAUCUGCACAUGCGCACCUUUGCAAGCCAAGGAGACCCACCAUGGAGCCCUCUGCUGGAGGGGGACAACAAUUGCAGCAAAGUGAGACGAUCAUCUCAUUCUCUGGCCACUGAUAUGUUUGAGCAGCACCUUGGGGCUCACCUCCUGCAGUCUCUGGAUGGCUUUGUGUUUGUGGUCAGUCAGGAGGGACGCUUCCUCUACAUCUCAGAGACAGUUUCCAUCUAUCUGGGGCUCUCACAGGUGGAGCUGACCGGCAGCAGCGUGUUCGACUACAUCCACCCGGCGGACCACGUGGAGAUGGCGGAGCGGCUGGGAAUCAAGCCGCACCUGCGGGCUGAGGCCGGCUGCCACACGGCCCCCGACAGCGCUUCCAGCACCGCCUCCACCUCUUCACUUGCCGGUACCCCUGAGCCUGCAGGUCCCUCUAGUCCUCAUUCUGCUGCUGACGAUCCUCCAGAACGGGGAUUUUUCAUCCGGAUGAAGUCCACACUCACCAAACGAGGUCUGCAUGUCAAGUCCUCGGGAUACAAGGUGAUCCACGUGACCGGACGCAUCCGCUACCGUCCUGCCCUCGUCCCGGGCUCCACGCGCUCGGUCCGUCGCCCAAUGGGCUUGGUCGCUCUCGCGCACACGCUCCCGCCCUCCACGCUGAACGAAGUUCGCAUGGAGAGCAACAUGUUUGUCUUCCGAGUGAACAUGGACCUGCAGGUCACAUACUGCGAAAACAGGAUCUCAGAGUAUAUGGAUCUGACCCCCGCAGAAGUGGUGGGACAUACCUGUUAUCAUUUCGUCCAUGUGGAAGACCUGGAAAAUAUCCGGCAGAGCCACGAGGACUUGCUGAGGAAAGGCCAGGUGGUGACAGGCUACUACCGCUGGCUACAGAGGAGAGGAGGUUACCUGUGGAUUCAGUCCACUGCCACCGUCUCCAUCAAUCACAAAGCCCCCCAUGAGCGCAACGUCAUCUGGGUGAACUACGUCCUGAGUCGAACUGAGAUGCCCGACACACCCCUGGAUCUGCUGCAGCUACCAGAGAGCAUAAGAGCGGAGAGACUCCGAGUCAGCUCGCCCCCCACUGAUGGCUCCCCACAGGCCCGAGGUCAAACACAGGGGAAGAGUUCAGCAGGAAAAAGUGACCCUGACAGUAAAGCUAGAGAGAAAUUCGCUGCCCCCGCCGUCCAAUCAGAGGAGAGGAGGAAGCGCCUGCUGAGGUCUGACAACGAGGGAGCGCCUCCUGAAAGUCGCCGUCGCCUGGAGGAACUGCGACACACAGAGGAGGCCGUGUCAGCCUCCUCAGACCUGGCAAGUGAAAGCGAGGGGGACGAGGAGGACGAGCCGGAGUGGGACCAGGGGGGGGACAGUGACAGACUGAAGCAGGAAGACAGCGGCGGAGGGGGCAAACAGAGCAGAGGAGGGGACACCCCGACCAGAGGGGACAGAGCGGGCAGGGUGCACAACGGCCGGGCUGUUAUCCAGCAGCUGAAGAGCGUGGUGACCCCGUCUACCAUGCCGGGCAGUCCCACCAUCAAGACUGAACACGAAGUCCUGACCACUGGAGGGCGCUGGGGGUCACACACGCAAACCUCCACCUCCCACACGCACACCUCUCAGCCCCAGCCGUCGCACGCACACACGCCGUCCAGUAGCCUCAACGGCGACAGCCCCACCACCCCGAUCCCCGAUUCCUCGUCCAGCAGCGAAGCCCCGCCGAAAGGCUUGUUCACCCCUCCCUCCCCGGCCCUGUCCCCCGCCAUGUCCGUGUCCUCCCCACAGCCGCGUGAGGACAGGGCUGUCUCCGGGGCGGUCAGUCGCGGCGCCGCUGGUGGCGGCGCAGGUAAUGGCCCCGACUUCGAGCUGCUCCAGAGACUGGCAGGCGGCGCGGCAGGACGGGUCCUCUUUCACCCCCUUGCUCUCGGCCCGCAGGGCCCUCAGAGCCUUUACGCCCCGAGCACUAUCCGCUACGCUCCGCCGGAGCUGCCCCCCUCCCACCAUCAUGGCACGGGGCACGGUGACGGCCUGCAGCUACGAUCGGAUCACCACAAGGGACCCCCGCCGACCUUCUUCCCACACUUACAGCGGCUGGCCGGGCUGCCACCCUUCAGUGGUUUCUCGCCGUCUGACAGCCCUUUCUCUUCCGGCCUGCCUUUCUGUAUGAAUGGAUUGAGGGGGGCUGCGGGCACAGAGGAGGACUGAACCUCACCGGGGGGAGAAGGAGAGAGGGGAAAUGAAAAAAAAAACGGAGUGACAUGACAGACCGAGAGACACCGAAAAGGGCACGAAAGACGGGACAUUAGGCCUCUAAGGACAUUACUAAUUGGACAAUGAGCUGAAUAACCGCAAUCUGAAGAAUACGACACAAAAAUUUACUCUGAACCAGUGACAGCGGCUCUCAGAGAAAAACAUGACAUGGACACUUUUGACUGGCUGUCCCUAAAGACUUCUCAUCUCCGCAACAAUAAUAAACUCUGCUCUGUCUUUCUCUAGACGACCGCAAUGCUUUCUGUGUCUCUUCCACUUGGAGAAGCCAUACUGUACAUAGCUACGAACGAAACCACGAAGAUCCUCAGCUUACACCCAUGUCACUUUUACUCCAGUUAAUCCAGCGGAAACAGUAGAAGGAGGCGGACACGUUGUUGGGAGGGACGAAAGAGACAUUUGGAGUAAAACCUUUUUAUCAUUGCAGUAUUAUAUAAAAAAAAAAAAAGUAUCUCUUUCACUGGGCUCCGGAGGAGAGUUUAACUGUAAGGUUUCCCUUAAUAUAGAUAGAGAUGACCUUUUGAUGUUUUAUAUCUGAUCUCUGAAAGAUAUUACAGAUGUGUUCAUCAGUCAGCCAUACUUAAAGCACAGUGUUGGGACAAAACCGUGAAUAAUGUGGUCCCAGACAUUCCAGAGAGGAAACCGCAUCGCAGACGGUUGUUGUUUGAAUAUAAGAUGGUAAUUUGUUUGACUAAGUGUUAAUUAUAGUAUAUUCUUUAUCAAGUUGAGGUUGCGUUUGUGUAUGAAAGCCAUAUUGUCGUUUUGUUUUUUAUUGUUUUAUUUUAAACAUUAACACGUUGACGUAGGAUCUUUGCGUCCAAACAGAAAAAAAAAAUAACAUAGUUUUAUUGGAUGUGCAAUGUCAUCCAAGUACUCGUUCCGUUUCUUUUCCGUCUUAUAUGUUUUGAAAAAAGUAUAUUUCUGAGAAUGUUUAGGGGAGGAAAACGGUGCGGGACAGAAAGUGUUUUUGUCACCUGGACCUCUUGUGUUUUUUAUGAGCACUUACUGAAAUUUGUUCCGGCGUGAACUCGAUGCACUUGGUGACUCGGAUGUUUGAUCCUGUUAAAACAGAAAACAACAGAAGUGGUCGUUAAUAAUAUAGACUGACCAAAGAGCACUGAAGAGGGAGGGGGUUGUGGUAGUUGUGUAAAAAAAAAAAAAAAAAGGAAAAAGAAAAAAGACAGGUCGAUAAAUAGACCCUCAGUGGUCAUUAAAAUAUGACCAUUUGAGGUCAAUAAAUAAAACCAGUCAACCUGAAAUAAGGACUUAAAUUAAAGUAGAGGAACGAGGCUCUCGACAUUUAUUAGCAUCUCCGGUAAAGAUGUACAGAUGAAUUCAUCUUUUAUUGCAGCACCAUAAUUUCACAGUAAAUACCUGCUUUUAAUUUGAAUGCUAAUAUAAGGUAGGAAAAGCAUACUUUUUAAAAAAAUUAUAGGAGUGUCAGGGGACGAGAAAUGGGCAUUUUUCCAGUAUCAAGGUGUAGCAAGGUUUAAAAAAUGAUAGCCAAUUUUAAAACCACAGUAUUUCACUCAAACCUAGUCCUAGUUUUGUUUUUUUCCCAGCUGUUGCUGCACACUGCCAGUCAGCUGGCUUAAAUAAGAGCACUACACUUUGUUCUUAUUUACAAGGAACACAAGUUUAGCUGUUCUGAAUUAUUUCUGAAGUAAUCAAAGAUAUCUUUAUUGUCACUUAAAUGGAAUAAUGAGAUCAAAGGAGAAUUUUGGCUCAGCCAAGUAUAAAUUAAGUCCAAAAUAAAAUAAUAAAAAAAAGAGAAUAAUGCAAGAAUAUUUACACAUAUUUGCACAUUUUGUUGCAAAUAUGUGUAAAUAUGCAUGGAUAAUCACUUUGUAGAAACUGAAAGAGCGCCUCCCUCCGCUCUUAUUAAGAAGAAAGCCAUGAAAUUAGAGUUGCAAGCAAACAGUAAUUUCAGUCUGACAGCUGACUAAGAGCAGAUUGGCUACCGGAACGGAUAGCCUGAAUAAUUACCCACCAAAUAUCAGUUUGUUAUACUCGUGUUGGUUUAUAAUGAGACAAAAAGGUCAAUUAUUUUGUGCAAUAAGUGCUUGAAAACUAAUACUAAAUUUAGUAUGUGUUUUUGUAUAUUUUCACUUAAGUUUAUGUGUCAAAAUGAGAGUAACAAAUGUUACAGAUAAUAUUAUUAGAAUUUAAUGACAAGUUACGAUAAGUUAACAGCAUUAAACAUACUUGUUGCCAUUUUUUUUUUCAUUUUUUUAUAAAAGCAUUAUUUUAUGAUAUUCUGAUACCAACCCAUAGGUUCAAGGGAUUUAGGUAAAUUACUAAGUAAAUUAUUAAACUGGUGAAUGAAACAAAAAAAAAGAGCUGAUCAGGUAAAUAUUGUACAGUAGAUUAUUCCAUUAUGGCAGUCAGAACCAGGAUUUAAAGUUUUAUCAGCAGCAAACUAGGCUGGACAAAGAGUCAAGCUCAUAUUGUCUACAUGUACAGUGAGGAAGAUUGUAAGAGAGGGACAUACGUUUCCAAAGCUCACCGAUUUUUCACUGUGAGAUAAUGUUUCUGCAAUAUCAGAUCAAUUUGUUUUAAGGCUUUUUAGAUGUUUACCAGGGGUGCCAAUAAAGGUGGUAGGUGCUAUACAUGGUUCAAAAUGAAAGGAAAACUAGUGUUUUAUACUAAUUAAAAUGCUUUUCAUGACUAUGACUGAAAAAAAAAUGCAUUUUCUACUUUUCAAUUUGUGCUUGUAUUAGAUAAAACACUCACAACUUGGGAGUUUGCAUUUUGAAAACAUUAAAAUCCUAAACUUUGACCCUUUUCACACAAAAAAAAAAAAUAUCUCUGCAAUGAUACAUCCAGACUAUUGGGUAGUUUCCAUAAAUUAUAAAAAAUAUGAACUAAGAAAUUGUUUACUAGCACUUUGGAAUGAGGUCUUUUGCACCGGCCGCUAAAACACA